AUGGAUGAUAUGACAGAUUCUGGCCCAGAAGCUGCCAGCAUCAAGGCCAUCCCCAGCACCUUGUUAGUGGAGCUGACGCUCCAAAGAUGGAGAAGUAUAAGGAAAAAAUGGGGCUGUGCACCUCUCCCACCUUACCAUGCUUCACCAUCAUCUCCUUGUCGGCAGUUCGAGGCCCUGUACCCAGAGGGGAUGUGUCCCGGCUGGAGCAUCGUGGUCAAGGGUGAGACCAGUUCCAGCACAAGCAUGUUUGAAAUCAAUUUGCUCUGUGAUCCUGGAGACCAAAUUGCUCUCCACUUCAAUCCUCGCUUCUCCAGCUCCAGGAUCGUCUGCAACUCCUUCCUUGCCAACCACUGGGGGAAGGAAGAGGUUAAUAACACCUUCCCCUUCAAAGCAAAGGAGUCAUUCCAGGUUGAAAUCUACUCUGACCAGGACUAUUUCCACAUUUUCAUUGAUGAAAACAAAAUCUUGCAGUACAAGCAUCGGCAGAAGCGGCUUUCAUCCAUCACCAAGCUGCAGAUUCUCAACGAUAUUGCCAUUUCUUCAGUGGAAAUCACCAAACGAGGCUUUUACUAGAGACUGGAGUUGGGACAGCCUCGCAGACCAUUCCUCCUUCAGCUCUUGAUCUAGCCAAGGGACCAUU